AUGAGGGUUGAUAUGAGCUUUGCCCCCUUCACAAUGGCUCGGCGAAUUUCCUUAUCGUGCGCCGGUAAAGCUAUUAGUGGGCAUUCUCGAAAGGCUAAAGUUUCUAUGAGUUUGUUCGAGGGUACACAUAUUGCUCACUCCCGGAUGCAAGGAAACCUCAGUUCAGAGACGGUGAUAGGAUGCAGCAGAUCACUUCAACGUCUCUCAGUCACUUCAACUUCCCCUUGUCACUUCAACGUCUCCUUGUCACUUCAACGUCCCCUUGUCACUUCAACGUCUCUCAGUCACUUCAACGUCCUUGUCACUUCGUCUCGCAGUCACUUCAACGCCUCUCAGUCACUUCAUCGUCACUCAAACCCUUCAACGUCCCCUAGUCACUUCAACGUCCCCUUGUCACUUCGUCUCUCAGUCACUUCAACGUCAUUGUCACUUCGUCUCGCAGUCACUUCAGAGUCCCCAUGUCACUUCAACGUGUCUCAGUCACUUCAACGUGUCUCAGUCACUUCAACGUCCCCUAUCACUCCAACGUCUUUCAGUCACUUCCCCUCUCAGUCACUUCACCGUCUCUCAGUCACUUCAACGCCUCUAAUCACUUCAACGUCUCUCAGUCACUUCAACGUCUCCCAGUCACUUCAACGUCUCCCAGUCACUUCAACGUUUCUUAGUCACUUCAAAGUCUCUCAGUCACUUCAACGUCUCUCAGUCACUUCAACGCCUCUAAACAAUUCAACGUCUCUCAGUCACUUCAACUCACUUCAACGUCUCUCAGUCAAUUCAACGUCUGUCAGUCACUUCAACGCCUCUAAUCACUUCAACGUCUCCCAGUCACUUCAACGUCUCUUAGUCACUCCACCGUCUCCCAGUCACUUCAACGUCUCCCAGUCACUUCAACGUAUCUUAGUCACUUCACCGUCUUCACUUCAACGUCUCUUAGUCACUUCACCGCCUCUCAGUCACUUCACCGCCUCUCAGUCACUUCACCGUCUCUCAGUCACUUCAACGCCUCUCAGUCACUUCACCGUCUCUCAAUCACUUCAACGCCUCUCAGUCACUUCAAUGUCUCUCAGUCACUUCAUCGUCCCUCAGUCACUUCAACGUCUCUCAUCACUUCAACGUCUCUCAGUCAAUUCAACGUCUGUCAGUCACUUCAACGCCUCUAAUCACUUCAACGUCUCCCAGUCACUUCAACGUCUCUUAGUCACUCCACCGUCUCCCAGUCACUUCAACGUCUCCCAGUCACUUCAACGUAUCUUAGUCACUUCACCGUCUUCACUUCAACGUCUCUUAGUCACUUCACCGCCUCUCAGUCACUUCACCGCCUCUCAGUCACUUCACCGUCUCUCAGUCACUUCACUGUCUCUUGGUCACUUCAACGCCUCUAAUCACUUCAACGUCUCUCAUCACUUCACCGUCUCUGUCACUUCAACGCCUCUCAGUCACUUCACCGUCUCUCAGUCACUUCACCGUCUCUCAGUCACUUCACCGUCUGUCAGUCACUUCAGCGUCUCUCAGUCACUCCAACGUCUCUCAGUCACUUCACCGUCUCCCAGUCACUUCACCGUCGCUCAGUCACUUCACCGUCUGUCAGUCACUUCACCGUCUCUCAGUCACUCCAACGUCCCUCUGAACCAAACCAACAAUAACCGGGGACCGCUAGAACCCAUAGGCCGACCAACUCUUCAUUAA